CGGACUUCUGUGGCCGUAUCACCUUUUCUUGCAGUUGCAGCCUCACUUUUCAUGAUCGCAGGCAACUUUUAAGCUUUUCUCAACCUCAUGACAAGAACGAGACUGGGACCGUUAUGGCACGACCAUCUGGUCCUGCUCAUCAUCGUGUUCUCAGUUCUGUUAGGAUUGCUGCGGUUGUUUCUGUUUGACCAACUGGACCCCACCCGUUGCGAUGCACUAUUAACAAAGGGAAGUUGGUUAGACGAUGCCCAUCGCAACUGGCAGCCAGAAGGUUGUAUGUUACAUUUCUACAAAGCCGCAGAAGCCUCUCGUUGUCUUGCAUCUCGACAUGUCGCUUUUGUGGGUGACUCCGUAACACGGACAUUGUACUUCCAAUUCAUCCACAUCGUUGACCCCAAACUACCGAGUGCACCCCCUCAAGAUGAUCGGAAGCAUACCGACUUUUCCUUUGUCGCGGACUCUAAUGUUACUCUUGACUUCGUCUGGGAUCCAUUUCUGAACACCCCCCAGGUGCCUGCUCUUUUAGUCGUUGGGUCGGGCCUUUGGUACCUUCGCUACGCUAAUACAUCCGGAGGCCUGCCUGCAUGGGAGGCAAUGGUCGACGAACAUAUUACGGCCGUAUCUGCAGCCCCAGUCAAACCUGCAGAAACAACGGUUUUUCUUCCCGUCGAAGAUGUUGUUGCCUCGAAACUGUCACCGGAGCGGUACAGUACCAUGCGUUCGCCGGACAUAGAUGCAAUGAACUCCGACCUCUACCAUCGCAUUAAACCAUCACAUGUUGGCUCUCUGUGGCAGUUCUCCGGAGCCAUGGAAGCUGCACCGGUCUUGUUUCCUCUCGUUUUUAAUCAAAUGCUAGACGACUCUCAAACGGAGGAUGGAUUACAUUUCUCGGAUUCCGUGGUCAAAACACAGGCCAACAUUCUACUUAAUCUACGCUGUAACAAUGAGUGGCCCAAGAUUCCCCCCAUGGAUAAGACUUGUUGUCGGGCGUACCCUUGGCCAUCGACGAUGCAAUUCAUCGUUCUUACUAUCAUUGCGGUGCGGACCUGCAUCUCUGUUCGAUUAUGGCUUCAGAGUGCUGGCAAGGGUGGCGUUAACAGCAAAAACUACCUUGCACUAGCAGUGUUCGGAGCCACUGUUUGCAUGAUAUACCUCGCGGACCGCACUGGAUUAUGGCUUAAGGAGCAGAAAGAAUUUAGCUCCUUGCCCUUCGCCUUCCUUUUCUUGGCAUCCCUUCUCGUAGGAAUGGCGACCCUUCAUCGAGCUGACAAGGAUUUGGGCUUCUUAAACCGUGAUCAAAGUGACGAAUGGAAGGGAUGGAUGCAGAUCGCAAUUCUGAUUUAUCAUUAUUUUGGAGCAUCCAAAAUAUCUGGUAUUUAUAAUCCGAUCCGCGUCCUAGUUGCCGCAUACCUGUUUAUGACUGGUUAUGGACACACUACCUUUUACCUGAAGAAAGCAGAUUUCAGCUUUCUUCGUGUCGCGCAGGUUAUGGUUCGAUUGAACCUCCUCACGCUUGUGCUGGUGUAUACCAUGAACACGAAUUACCUUUCAUACUACUUCACGCCGCUGGUUUCUAUGUGGUUCAUGAUCAUCUACGGCACGAUGGCGAUCGGUUCCCAACUGAACGGCAACAGCCUUUUCCUCGUUUGCAAGAUCCUGUUGUCCAUGGCCAUGUUUGCAAUUUUCAUGCGCCAGAACUGGCCGCUGGAGUCGCUGUUCACGGUGCUCAAGCAGUUAUUUAACAUCGACUGGUCUGUGCGCGAAUGGCAUUUCCGAGUGACGCUCGACCAAUACAUAGUUUAUUGGGGGAUGUUGACUGCUGUCGCAGUUGUGAAAAUCCGUGAAUAUCACCUCACCGACCAUCCUUUGUGGCCCGCGCUGGUCAAGGUGGGAUGUGGCUGUUCCGUCCUCACCUUACUCUGGUUCACUGGCUUCGAACUUCUGCAAGAAAGCAAGUUUACAUACAAUUCAUGGCACCCUUACAUCUCAUUUCUACCGAUAACCGCAUUCGUCAUUCUGCGCAAUGCUACACCACUCUUACGAUCUUCCUCGUCCCGCGCCUUUGCGUUCGUAGGAAAGUGUUCGCUGGAGACCUUCAUCAUUCAGUUCCACCUCUGGCUCGCUGGAGACACGAAGGGCAUUCUUCUCGUUAUUCCCGGUACCAGAUGGCGACCACUGAAUUUCGUUCUCACAUCCCUCGUUUUCAUCUACGUGUCGCAUCAAGCUGCAUGGGCUAGCGGGGAGAUCACGUCGUGGGUCUGCGAUCCACGCGACCAAACGCUACCGACGAGCAAUCGGGAGGUGCCUGGGCACGGGUAUAGCGAACAUGCUACCAGUGAGUGUGUAGAAGCUGUCCGUCUGGUGCGGCCAGGUGAGGAUCCCACGAGUAGUGGGGAGGACUGCCCUGAAACCGACACCUCUGUACACUCCCAGCACUGGUUAAAAGAUUUAACACGAGUGGCGCAGUGUCAGUCAACUAUUAUCAAGGCCUGGAAUCACAGCCAGCUCGAGGUGAAAGUCAGAGUUGGGCUUGCCGUCGUGUUUAUGUGGAUAGCCAACAUGUUAUGGACAAACUCUUAACUCGUAAAAGAACGGACUAUAGACAUGAUGGGUCCUACAAUAGUAUUAUACGAUAGUUAAUAUUCGCCCGAUAUCCCUAUACCGUGCUUCGUGUACGUUGGCAUUCUGUGGAAAAGCAAGAUUAGCAAGAGUUCGGAAUCUCGAUGCGCAAGGAUCAGUAUUAGCAUGGAUGCUCAUCAACGCUUGCCCCAAGGACAAGGUCAGGGCUUGACUUCUAUUUUAUUGCAUCACAUGGAAGUAGAUUGGUUAAAUUAACCCACCUCUAGGAAACUUGACGCAGAUGGGACUAAUAACUUCGUUGAUUAGUGACAUGAAUUACAAUGGAACAGAAGAAGCUCAGAAAUUUGGGUAUAAGAGAUGACUCACAAGCCCAUAUGGGCUUCGACGUAGCGAUUCAUUGGCUCGUCACAGCGAGAAGUCGCCACCGGGAAGCCGUACUCACCUCUGAAAAGCG